AUGCCAUCACAUCUAGUAGAAGAAAUAGAUAAGAAAACCUAUAAUCCCAAUAUCUAUUAUACUAGUUUAGAUCCACAAUCAAGAUCAUAUCGCUCUAAAAAUAAAGUGUCUAAAAAUGUAACUUCUUCACAGUUUCGUUCUGUAAAAAGAGUUAACUAUUCAUUAGCUGAUAUGGAGGCCAAAUUAUAUCAACAACAUAAACAGCAACAGCUUUCUCAAGACGGAAACCCUAAAGAUGCAAACAGCCCUAUGUCAAUGGAAAAUUCGGUUCUUAAGACUUCUACUAAAGAAGCAUUACAAAAAUUUACUCCAGAACAGAUAUUACAGUCUAAAAGAAGGUUCAUGGAAUUGGAUACAGAAAAUGUACAAGAUUUUACAGAGAUUCCUGCUUUAUUAAGUGCUAUUACAGGAGUUAAUAAAGAUAAAGUUGAUUCUAAUACUACUACCAUAUCACAUUUGAAGGGUAAUACAAAUGUUAGAUCAAAUAAAUAUAAGAUUGAUAUCCCUAAAAGCAUUCAUGUUUCUUAUAAAUCUACAAAACCACCAAAGACUAGAAAAAAAACUACAAAUAGACAAGCAGCUUUGAAAAAGAUAUUAACCAUAAAAAGGCCUUUACAUUUUUAUAUUGAGUCAAUGAAUCAAUCUGAUAAAAGUGUAAUUUUACAUAAUGUUUAUAAUAAAAAAUACUUCAAGGUUUUACCAUUGAUGAUCAUAUGUUCCAUAUGUGGCGGAUUUGAUAGUAUAUCUGGUUGUGUAAAAUGUGGUGAUAAAAUAUGCUCAUUGAAUUGUUUUAAUAUUCAUAAAGAAACAAGAUGUAUUCAUCGUUAA